AUGCUACAAAUUGAGUAUAGAAUCACUGAUUUGUACUAUGGAUGGGGUGUGAAAGAGAAAGAAAGGUUGAUAGUGGAAAAAGGGAAGCAUGACUUUGAAUUUCUAGUCGGUGGCUUGAGUGGUUCACUUUCUGCAUUAAAUUUGACUCCUGAAUGUGAUACCACAUGGAAUAGAACUGUUUACAUAGGUUCAGACCUAUACACUGCUGAUGCUGAGUGA